AUGGCAUGCAAUGUGUUGCCGAUGCAGAUUCUGCCUGCACAAAACCCACUAUUCGUGGGUACUGGAGAGUCGAGAAGAGAACUCAGGAGUCAAAGUGAGAAAAACGUAGCAUUUAAGUUAGUCUUUCAACCAGGCUCAAAUUUUUCUACGUCAACGCCAAUUGGCAUGAUCCCACCUUUUGGUAAAACAACGGUUGUUCUGUCGAGAAAUAAAGGUAAAGUUCCGGAGGAAAAGAUGAUUAUUCAAUACGCUUCGAUGGCUGAUGGACAAACGGAUCCUGCUGCCAGCUUCUCUACUGGCAAUCCAGUCGGAGACUUUAUUGGAGAAACAGUAGUCCGAAUAGCACCAGUUACAUAA